AUGUCUGAUGAGACCAGGCGAGGUAUGGUUAGACUUGUGAUGGAAAAGGCAGGAGGAAUGUUUCUCCUCGCAAAACUUGUCAUGAGCAACCUGUUUUCCCAAGUCUCGCCAAAUGCGCUAUCAAAUGCAUUGCAUGCUGAGAGGAUACCAACUCAGCUUGAAGAAGCGUACGAUCGCAUCCUUAAGAAUAUCUUUGAAGACCAGUCUUCCCGUAAGUACGCUCUACAACUUCUGGCAUGGCUGGUGUGCGCAAAACGUCAACUACAGUGGCGAGAAAUUCAGGGUGCAGUAUCCGUCGACCUCGAAAAUGAAGAUGUGGACGCUCUUAGCCGCAGAUGGAUCCUUGACUCUAGGGACCUCUGUGACUCACUUGUUGAGCGCAGAACAGACGGUUCUCUGGAACUUGUUCAUGAGACUGCAAAGCUCUUUCUUUUACAGUCAAAGAUUGUGGACGUCCCAAGAGAAGAGUUGAGUAUGGCCUAUCUCUGUGUUGGCUACUUAGCUCUUCCAGGCUUCCAAAGGUGUCUCCCAGAUGAAACAAUUAUGGACUUAAUAAAAUCCGGAUAUUAUGCUUUUGCGGACUAUGCUGUUUGCUUCUGGUCACACCACCUUCGGCACGGUCUGAAGGACGACACAGACCAAGCUACUGUGAAUUCAAUGCUCGAAGUAUUAUCCAGAUUUUUAGAGUCGCACUACCGAGCCCCUGAGACAGAGUUCGACAUUCCAAUCUUUGCGCGUGAAAUCGAGGGGCGACUUCAAAUGAAUGAAGUCUGGCCUGAUUGUGACAAGCUUUCGAGAGCUCUUGUCUCCACAAAAAAGCAGCUGAGCAGCUUCAACUCAGAUGCAGCUUCUAAUGAUUGUCUCGACAUAUCAUCUGUGGUUGCCCGUAUCAGGCAGCUCCUCGAACAGACUGUUUCAGAGAACAAGGCUGACACCGAGAUGCUAAAAUCCUUUUACGGAGAUAGCCCAUUUAAAUGCCCUCGAAUCAGUUGUGAUUUUUUUUAUCAAGGGUUUCAAACAGCUGAAAACAGGGACUCCCAUAUGAACAAGCAUAACAGACCAUAUGGAUGCUCCUUUCCCCAAUGCUACAGAUCCACGAUUCGUUUCAGCUCGAAAAGACUACUGGAAAGGCACAUCGCAGAUACCCAUGAAGGGCAGAAGCGCGAUGCUUCAGCUUUCCCUCCGAAGCGAGCCAAGCUAUCGCUGGUAUGCAGGUUCUGCAAGAAAGAUUUUCAUGACACCAAAUUAUAUCGCAAGCAUGAUUGUACCCGCCAGCCUAUGGGGUCAGUAGAGACAACCUUGACCGCUACUGUAUCUGAGUCUGCAGCAACAAACCCAACCACGAGUGAGCUUUUGUCCCCUUCAAAGCGCUCAGGGCUUAUUCGGACCGACCAAAUUCGGAAGUUGCCACAUUUGAAUGAAGCGCAAAAAGCCGAAUACACACAGAUCGUCAAAAAGUUCUGGCAGACAUUGGAUAACGAUGACGAGCAGAGUCCAGAGUACCAGACUGCUCUGCUCAAACUUACUCAUUUGAGCCAGAACUUCAUGCGUUUAUUUCAACAACAUCGUCAGCAGACGUUACAACAGCAAGAUCAACUACAACAGAAAUUAUCUGGUGCACACUCGGAUCAGUCGGAGCAGCAGGAAUCGUUUCAGAAACAAGAAAGCCCGUCAUUCGCCUUGAACUCACCGGCUUCCUCGCCGUUGCUGUCAGGUUAUGGACAAGCGUCCCCUAAGUCGCCUGGUCUUUCGCCUACAUCUCCCUCCUAUAGUCCCCCGUCCCCUCUGGCUUACUCGCCGUCAUUUUUGGGUCAUAAACAAGCGUCCCAUAAGCCGCCUGGGCUCUCGCCUACAUCCCCCUCCUAUAGUCCCCCGUCCCCUCCGGCUUACUCGCCAUCAUUGUUGAGUCAUAGACAAGCGUCUCCUAAGCCGCCUGGGCUCUCGCCUACAUCUCCCUCGUAUAGUCCCCCAUCUCCCAAAUUUGUUCUUUUCGAUACCGUGGAUGCUUUUGCAGAUAACCUUUGGAAUGACAGGAGAGUAGGAGAUGGCACUCCUGCACAAUAG